GAAUACGGAAAGCUGGAUUUGGAAGAAGUUUUGUAGUUUACGACUAAACAAGCCCACAACAAUAUUCAAACCAUCAGUAAACGUUUUUCGUUCAAUAUCCAAAAGCGGCAGCGUUUUAAUUGCCAAUGUCGACUUUCACUUCGUUUCGGCUUUAAUUUCUGCAAGUGCCAAUGUCAUAAGCUUUGUCGUAGCUCUUGCCUCUACGGAGAAGAAGCAUGGUGCGAAAACAGUUUCAACAGGCUAAAACGGGAAUAGAGGCUUUGAAGUCAGUGGAUGCAAACAAGUACCUGAAGAAGGUAGGAUUAGGGCGUGACGAUAUGUUCUUUUGGAAACAAGUGGGUAAAGCAUUGCUAUGCACCUACACAAUCUUCGGCAUGGCGUGGUUAUACAACGAAACUUCUCCUCUAGGGUGGUGGACGUUGAAGCCGAGACCAAAGGAGGAGAGAGAGCUGGCUCAUUUGUAUGAGCGGCGUGAGUUUCCUUAUCCUGGUGAUACAGAGGCCAUGGAGGAUUUUGUUGCAAAGGGAGGGAUGAUCGGCACGGCGAUUGGGCCUAAAGGGGUUGUUGAAUCCGAAGGUGAAGCUGAUAAUUACCAGAAAGAAAUGGAGAAGAAGAAGUUUGACAAAGAGGCUCAGAAACUGUGGUUGAGGAUGAGGAACGAGGUCAUGACUGAGCUUCAUGAGAAAGGGUAUGAUCUUGAGUGAAGUACAAAAGAGUUGUGAGACAGUAAGCUUGUGUAGUUUGGGCUGUCUCGGUUAGAUUGAGGGUUCAACCAUUGGAACAAGUGUCUCUGCUGACAUAUCCUUUUUGAUUGUGGAGGAAGGUACACAACUUUAUAUGACUGGUUUCUGUUCUGCGGUGCCAUUGAUGUUAUUGCUCUUGGGAAGUGGCUCUUUUCCUUUAUUGUUGGCUGCCUUAAACCCUUUGGAAUAUUACUUGAUACCAAUAUCUAAAUAAGUUCCAUGUUUCAACAAAA